AUGUUGUACUUGAUUGGUCUUGGUCUUUCUCACGAGUCAGACAUUACUGUUCGUGGUCUCGAGAUUGUGAAAAAAUGUUCCCGCGUUUACCUCGAGGCAUACACCUCAAUCCUUAUGGCAGCAGACAUCUCAUCACUAGAAUCUUUUUAUGGUCGACCUGUUAUUUUAGCAGAUAGAGAAUUAGUUGAAACUGGAAGUGAUGUCAUCUUGAAGAAUGCUAAAGAGGAAGAAGAUGUUGCAUUUCUUGUUGUUGGUGAUCCGUUCGGUGCUACUACACACACAGACCUUGUCAUUCGUGCGAGGGAAUUGGAGAUCCCAGUGGAGGUGAUCCACAAUGCCAGUGUAAUGAAUGCAGUUGGUGCUUGUGGCUUACAACUUUACCAAUUUGGCCAGACAAUCUCCUUGGUGUUCUUCACUGAUUCUUGGAAACCAGAUAGUUUUUACAACAAGAUUAUGGAGAAUAGGAAAAUCGGAUUGCACACAUUGAUCUUGUUGGAUAUUAAAGUUAAAGAACAAAGCAUUGAAAACAUGGCUAGAGGCAGAUUGAUUUAUGAACCACCUAGAUAUAUGGACAUUGCCACUGCCUGUAAACAAUUGAUUGAAAUUGAAGAAUUGAGGGGCGAACAAGCAUACACCGAAAACACACCAUGCGUCGCAGUAUCGAGAUUAGGGUCGCCGACACAAAAGUUCAAAGCUGGUACCUUGAAAGAGUUGAGUGAGUACGACUCUGGCGAACCAUUGCAUACAUUGGUCAUGUUGGGAAGACAGGUGCACGAUCUUGAAUUGGAAUAUUUGUACCAAUUUGUUGAUAACAAGGAGAAAUUCAAGAAGGAUGUUGAGCAAGAUCAAGAGUUUUUCAAACCACCACCAUAUGUUCCACCUGAGGAAAACUUCAGUGACUAA